GAAGAUGAACAAAAACAACAACGAUUAUUCAUCAAGUUCAAUCGAAUAGAAACCAACCACCCUCUUACUUAUCCUUUGUCUCCUCCUCACCAACUCUAUGCUUCUCCUUUAUCUCUCCCAAAACAAAAUCAUUCUCAUCAGCACCACCACCAUUACUAUCUCCAAGCCCGAUCAUGACAACCGUCACAAAUUCUCCAGACUUGGAGACGAUUCAUGCCUAGGCCGGUACAUAUAUAUCCAUAAUCUACCUUCUCGAUUCAACAUAGACAUCCUCCAAGACUGCGAGGCGAUUUCAAGACCGAAAGAUAAAACCAGCAUGUGUAAGUACAUUGAGAACUCCGGAUUCGGACCUCAGGUCGGUGAUGGUGUUUCCACUGAUUCUAAGUACUCUUCGAGCUGGUACGCGACUAAUCAGUUCAUGCUUGAAGUGAUUUUUCACGAGAAGAUGAAGAGAUACGAGUGUUUGACGAGAAACUCGUCCCGGGCUUCGGCUAUUUACGUACCUUACUACGCUGGUCUAGAUUUACGGCGAAAUAUGUGGCGGCGUAACGUCGCUGAAAGAGAUGCCGCUGGGAAGGAAAUGUUUAAAUGGCUCAAAAAGCAACCCCAGUGGAAAGGUAUGUUAGGUAAAGACCAUUUUCUCGUAUCCGGUCGGAUUUCACAAGAUUUCCAGCGAUACUCCAGUGAUAACUCCAGAUGGGGAACCAACUUAAUGCUUUUACCAGAAUCGCAGAACCUCGCUUUCCUCACCAUUGAACGAAGUCCAAUGAGCCAUAACGAUUUUGCUAUUCCUUAUCCAACCUACUUUCACCCGACUUCAGCCGUCGAGGUUCGCCAGUGGCAAGAUAAGAUCAAGCUCACAAACCGAACGGUACUCUUCUCAUUCGCUGGAGCUCAAAGACCGAGUGUAAAUGAGAAUGGUUUGGUCCGCACUCAAAUUAUCCAACAAUGCAAGAAUUCUUCCAAAACGUGUAGGUUUAUUGACUGCAACGUUAAAGCCGACCUCUGCAAUGAUCCGAUCAGUUUGAUUAAGAUUUUCCAGAGCUCAAUUUUCUGCUUACAACCGCCAGGUGAUUCAUUAACCAGAAGAUCGAUAUUCGAUUCAAUUUUGGCUGGUUGUAUUCCGGUUUUCUUCAACCAAGGAAGUGCACACAAUCAAUAUUUAUGGCACAUACAAAUAAACAGUAGCGAAUACUCGGUUUAUAUUCCGUUUAAAGAGCUGAGACACGGGGGAAAGAACAAAAUCGAAGAGAUUUUGCGUGGAAUACCGAAUGAAAAAGUGGUUGAUAUGAGAGAAAAUGUAAUAAGGCUGGUUCCUAAGAUUGUGUACACUAAACCAAACCGACACAAACCGGAUGGAGAGACUUGUGAAGAUGCUUUUGAUAUUGCUGUGAAGGGAGUGCUAAAGAGAAUUGAGGAAACAAGGAGAGAAAUUCAUGACUGA